AUGCUGAAUGAAACUACCUCACCAUCAUCAUUCUCACCUUCAUACCCACCAUACUAUAUUCUCUCCUCUGACAAUGAACCCUCUGACCCCUCAUCCCCCACUCCAGCUCAACUUCAAGCUCGUGCUCUGGCAUCUCAACAACCAUCGCAAACUGAACCUGAACCUAAAGUCACUUCCCCACCACCCGCACAACAAAAUCCACCUCCAUAUGAUUUACCUCAAACACCACCACCUACACAACCUAAUACACCUCUUGAACAACCAAUACCCUCACCAUUUAAACCUCAACCAAAUCCUCAACCCGAACAAACAACACCAUCUCCCUCUGAUAUUCCCCCACCAUAA